UCAAAUUUCCUGCAACGAGAGUGAAAGUAGGAAGAAUAUUUUGGUUUUCACAAUUACUUUUUUAUUGGUUUAGUAGCAUUUUGUACCCCUCUACUUUGAUAAAUUAACAAACGUACUCCUCUACUAAAUUUUUGCACAAACAUACCCUUUUAAUAUUAAAUCGUAACAAGUUUACCCUUCCAUCUAAUUUUCUAUUUUUUUUUAUUGGAUGGAGGCGCAAGCCAAGAACAAAGAAGAAAGGGGUUACAGGUGAAACUGGGGAGUUUGGACAACACUCCGAGGUAAAACAACACCUCUCUCGUCGUCCUGCAAAAUGGACCUCAAGGGGGCCGGCGGAUCAACCAGUUUAUACAUACCAUGGGGAUAGACGAGACCAUGCUUCGAGAGCCAGUCCGCGACUUUAUUCCCUUCACGGUAAGUAUGUACUAUUUUAACCAACCAGUCCUGCGAAUAGAUCUAAUUUUCUAUUAAGUGGCCGUUAAAUGGACUGGAAAAUUACCUAAUUACUCUCAUUUACUAUUAAACACUCAUAAUUUCAGUUUAAUUUUUUUAUUCUGUCCAAAAUCAUUUAAUUAAAAAUUAGUUUGGCCCUAUUGUAGCUUUUGCAGAAGCAGCUUCUGGCUGGAGCUUUUAGAUAAGUACUUUUUAAAAAUAGCAGUUGAGUGUUUGGUUGUAAAACUAUUAGAAGUGCUUUUUAAUAUGAGAGGUUGUGUAAAAUGACUAUAAAGGACUUGUAAUAUAAAAUAUGAAUAAAAAUUCAGAACAAUAAAAAGUAGUCUAAAUGGAUCUUGUUAGAUUUCUUUUAUAUUAAAUAAUAUGAUUUUAUAAUUUAUUUUAUUUUUAAAAUGAUAUAAAUGAGAGAAAAUUAUAUUUUAUGAAAUAAAAUUAAAAUAUGAUAAGGAUAAUCUUGUAUUUUCAAAACAGCUUUUCGCAGAAGCUCCAAAUCGGAGCUUCUGCUUUUAUGUUAUACAAAAGCGUUUUUCGGCUUUUCAAAAGCCAAAUUUUUAGAGGUGUUUGGCCCUGUUUCGAUUUUUGAAGCCAAAAAACACUUCUAAAAGGCGAGCCAAAUAUGGGUAAAAUUUCAAACCCCUAAUUAAUUCAGAAGCAAUUGGUUGUCCAUCUCUCCUGAAAUCUUCUCCGAUGAUCCAUCUCCCUGAAGCAAUCUUCCCUGUCCGUCUCCCCUUAAAAUUUCAAACCCCUAAACUAAUCAUCUACUGUAAAACUUAAGCAAAAGAAACAAAAACUUCUUAAGUCACCACAAUGGAACAACUACUUCAAACCAUUCACAUAGAUCCAUAGACGAAAACAGAAGCAAUUAGGAGGUUAGAAUUCAAAAUUAGGAAUCCAACACUAUUUGCAGAAAAACGAAAGAGGCAAGAAUCGGGUGCAGGAAAUACUUCGAGGAAAACAGGCUUAAGAUAGGGUGAGUAACCUUAGCGUGAGUAACAAUGAGUAAUCAAAUCUGAACCCUUCUUUUAAGUGACUGCAGAUCUAAGGGUGGAGAAUUAAAAGAAUUUUAUUUCCCUAGUUUUCUUAAUUGGAUUAUAUCUUCUUCAUUCUAACUCGGAUUUCAAUUUUUUUUGCACAGAUGGAACGAGUUCGUUGUGCUCUACAAAAUGAUACCCAUUUUCAAUAUUUUUUGAGAAAAAAAUUUCCAUCCCUCUCGUUACCAACUCCAUACCAUAUGGUAUCUCCUUCGUUGUUUAGUCAUUUUCAGAAAUUUUUGCAUAAAAGGAACGAUUUAAUCAAUGAUCUAUUGGAUUUCAAAAUUUGGGAGGGGAGGGGGGGGGGGGGGGGGGGGGGGAAUUUCAAACCUCUCGUUACCAACUCCAUACCAUACUAUACCACCCUGGUAUGAGGUGGUAUUUUUCAUACCGCUGUUAUUUAAUACCAUAUGGUAUUGACUGGUAUUAAAUAACAGCAUAUGGUAUUGAUUGAUAUUUUCAUACUAUAUGGUAUGUUGUUAUUUAAUACCAGUCAAUAUCAUAUGGUAUAGUCAAUAUCAUAUGGUAUAGUCAAUACCAUAUGUGUAACAUCCCGUAUCUGGGUUAAAUCUCACAUCAAACUGGUUCGACGUUGGAAUAAAGAACACCAACAAUAAUUGAAAUGAAUUCUACCGGUUUGGAAGAACUACGAGUACUCGUCAAUUAAAGACGUGAAAAAUUGAGAGAAUAAAUAUGGCAUGAACGAAUUAUAAUAAGGGUGAAAAUACUAACUAGUGAGCUCAGACGUUGACAGAUUCAGAUGUGAUAAAAAAAUGUAUUCACCACCAAGAUUCGAACCAACAACCUAAAGGUACACAAUCAUGUCCAUUUACCAGUUGGGCUACACACUACUUAUGUGUGAGUCUCAUAGUAAAUAUUAUUACUUACUAUCUGCCGAGAUCAAAUUCUAAAGAAAGGAACGAAGUUCCCUGUACGUGGUCUCUGUCCACAAAGUGAAGAACCCAUUAUGGGUUAAAAGCAAAUGGACAGCAGCAUCUUUCCUAUAUAUGCAAAUGCAAGGAAGGAAGAGGGCCACGUCCUCUAUUCAUAUUUUUUAUAAACAAACCUUAAUGACUCUCCAUUCCAUGAGCUGUGGAUUAGAGAUUGGAUCCAAAAUUUAUUAACCAACCACCAUAUACCAACCCAUUAAAGGAUGUGUCUGUUGUAUAUAUAUAUACAAUGGAAGUUCGUUCGACAACGGUAAGUCCCAACUAAAGGAAUGAAUGAAAUAGAGAGAUAAGGAGAGUUUCUGGGUGUUCUGGGUUUGGGAGGUCGCCAUAAGGGUCUGGGGAGGUCCCUCCACGAAGCUAGAAGCGUCGUUGAAGCCUUGUCGGAGCCUCGCCGGAGUUUCGUCGGUAUCCCGUGACGGCGACAACGUCAAAUCUAACCUCAACUAUUCUGUGAGUGGUUGGUACCGUUACAAAGAGGACGAUCCCAGGAGCACACACGUUUCGACGGAAUCCAUUUUCGACGUCGGACGAGGGAGAAACGAGCCUCGCAAGUUGGCCACGUAGAACUGUCAGUUUCUGAAAGUCAGGUACUGUUUCUGUCUAUUCGAAAGGUUUGAGGACCUGGACGGACUUUUUCCAUAGGAAGGGUCAACGACCCGUUUGACUGAAAAAUAUUAUUUACAGUACUUGGAAUUUCGAGAACUGACAGAAUUCAUAUUUUGGUUGUAAUUCGUUCGUUUGACGUCCAAACGACGAACCGUUUUCGCCUACAGGAUCGUAGAGACGAGGAGAAUGUUAUCAAGGAGUAUUGGAAUUUUUACAGCAGCUGUGCAGAGUUGAAUUACGUCAUAAAUAAGGUGUGUGGACCCUGCGGUGAAUAAGCGAUGUUUUACUACGUGCUAUAUGUUUAAUAUUGAAACAUAGCUGAGGAUUUAACGAAGAUAAAAUGAAGAAUGUCGUUGAAUGUACGAUAACGAUAAUGUUUGCGAAUGAAUUUCUACUCGAUGAUUGAAUGGAUGAUUUGAUGAACUUAGUAUGCAUGAUAUGUACAAUUUACCCUAAGGCAUAGACUUGGUAAUUACACCAAGAUCGAUUGAGAUGGAUGAUUAUUAUAUUGAGAUUAUGACGAGAAUGAUGAUUUUUAUAUGAUGUUCAUAUUAAUCACAUAGACUUAGAAAGGGCCUGCAUUUACCCCCAACCAUUUGAUAUUGUUACUGAUGAUCAUUAGGAUCGACGAGGCCAGUGGUCGGAGAGAUAUGAUUGUGGUUUCUGAUAGAACCACUGAGAUGAUGAGGCUCGAGCGGGGGUGGAUGUAUGGUGACCUUGGCGCCCAAAUUAAUAAAAUGGAAAUGCAUUGCACUUGCAUAUUGUCUGGAUAUUGGAUUCUAGGUUGAGAAUUAUAUUAGGUUGAGACUUCAACCUAGAUGCCAUGAUUAGGUGGUUAAUCAAUUGAUGUGGAAAACGUAUCCAUGGACUUCGCCGUGUAGGAGGGAACAUCGCCACACCUCAGCUAAAUUAGUUAGCUGACCCCCUCCCCUUUUGUGUUCAGAUCCGCAGCAGAGGAACUGAGCUUGGACGUCGGAGCUGUGCAACUUCUACUCCAUCAUGAGGUAGCAGACGAUUGGUCGGAGGAGAGUUUUUACCUAUGUUUUGUGUUUUAAAACAAGUAUCAUAAACAUGUAUUAUGUUGAGUUUGAUUGCAUUGAAUUUGAUCGAUUGAGUUAUUAUGAUUUAUGGAUUGUACCAAAGUAUGUAAGAUGGAGAUUUGACUUUCAACGAACUAGUGUUUGGAUUUGAUGUCAUGAAUUGGAUGUUGUAUGUUUAAUAAACGAGAUUGGAUACUAAUAAAUGGGUUAGAUUUGAUAUAUAUAUAUGUUUACCUCGAGUUAUGUUUAGUAAAAGAAAGAUGUAUAUGUAUUGAAUGAUGAGUUAAUACGUAAACCCCAUUAGUAUUUUUUGCUGUGCGGGUGAACCAGUGGUUCGACCCCUGAGUUUUAGGGUGGGGUGUUACAUAUGAUAUAGACCGGUAAUAAUUGACAAAAAAUUUUUGUUCCAAAAAAUAUCAACGUGAAUGUCAUUUUGAAGAGCACGAUUAAUCUGAUCUAACUGUGCAAAAAAAAUUAAAUUCCGAGUUAAAACAAGUGAGAAAUCGUCCGUUAAAGAUUAAGAAAUAAAAAAUUAAUGAUUUUUCCAGAAGAGAGAAUGAGACACUGAUGUGGCAGAUUCUUAUUGGGUUAUGCAUGGGGUUACUCACCACAAGGUUACUCACCGGAUCUGCUCCAGGAAAACAAGCUAAGAUCAAAGGAAGAUGCGGAUCGAUCCGAAAGCUGGGCGUCUCGCCACCGCCGAAGCCCGCUGCAGCCGGCAUCGAUGGCAAUUUUGCCGGACGUUGCCAACUACUGGUCGCAGGAUACUCCUUCAAUAGAGAGCCGCCGGCUGAGCCGCUGAUGUGGGGAAGAGGUCGAUACUCAUUCAAUAGAGAGCCGCUGAUGAAUGCCAGAUUCCUCUGGUUCAGGGACGCCGGGGAGUAGGGAAGAAGACGAGUUCGUUGGGUGUACAAUUAGUUCAGCGACGCCGGGAAUGCUUGCUUUUGUUCCUUUUCUAAUUAAUUAUUUUUUUGUUUUUUAAAUCUUGGAUAUAAAUAAUAAAAUAAUUAAAAUUAAAAAUGAAAUUUGGAGUAAAGGAGGGGUAAUUAGGUCAUUUUGCAGAACAUUUAACGGUCACUUAACAGAAAAUUAGAUGAAAGGGUAAACUUGUUACGAUUUAAUAUUAGAAGGGUAUGUUUGUGCAAAAAUUUAGUAGAAGGGUAUGUUUGUUAAUUUGACAAAAUAGAGGGGCACAAAAUGCUAUUAACCUUUUUUAUUCAUUAAAAAUGACACGUGUAUAGAUUCCAACAAUGACCACUUUAUAGAAAAGUAAGUAUCAUAACCAAUCACACUAAGUACAUUUUUUAUCUUUUUAACCUAAAAAACAUAUAAUAGCAGGGAGGAAAAAACACUUCCCCCAUUUCAAAUUCCCUGCUCCAUGAGCGUUUGUAGAAAGGGUAGAAUAGGGAGUUUCAAUUUUUUCUCUUUCCUUUGUGGAAUGGGCCAACUUACCGUACACAUGCGGAUUUAAACGGGUCCAGGAGUGUCAAUUUUUUCUUUAACCCCUUUUAUUUCUCGGUGGUGGUAAAAUAUAUAUGAAAAGACAAACACAAUACUCCUUUUUAUUGCUAAAAAGAAAAAAUUUAACAAUAAACUAAUGCAUGAAUUCUAAUGGGCUAACCGCUAACCAUAAAAUACAAGAGUUGAAUGGAUCUCACCUACACGGGAUUUGGCCAUCAAGUAAAACAAAUGAACAUUAUGAGUUUGCCAUUCUAAAACAAGCUAUUUUCUCUAGCAUAAUAUAUAUUAUGCUUUUAUUUUAUAUCUUAGUGGCUAAAAUAUAAUGUAUUUUAAAUUUAUUCAAUGGUUUAACCUCGACCAACCCAAUUAGUCCAAUUUUUAUCAUUUCAAAUAUAUAUUAUGUAAUUAUUUGAUAUCAUAAUGAUUAAAUUAUAGUGUAUUUUAUUGAGAAUCAUUUGGUAUUUGUUAGUAAAAAACUAAAUAGAAAGAUCUAUUUGGUUAUUUUUAACAUUAAAACGAUUCUAAUUUUUUUUCGUUUUCUUUCGAAUUUCUAUGGUUUUAUUCCCGAAUCAGUGAUGUGCAAAUGGCGAAUUGCAAUCAUCUCUUUUCUUUCACUAUUUUUUAUUUUCAAAUAGAAAGUUUAAAAGUAAAUAAUAAUUAGAGUUUGGCAUGGGUCGGUCAAACAGGCUUAAUUUCAAGUUUUGACCCGUUUUGAUCAAGUCUAAUUUAUAAUCACAUGGUUCCCUGAUACCUGAUAAAAAUCUCCAUCCAAACCAGUUUGGUAGGUUAGUUCGUGUUUACCACUAUUGUCUAGGGAUACAGGAACGACGAUUCCUAUCCACAAUCGUGUUGUUCGUUCUUGAUUUCUUUAGAUUUUAUCAUAGCCUGGCAAAAACCAGAAAGCACAAUGACGACAAGAUGAAAGUUUUAUAAAGCAAAUUAGUCGGCCAACAGGCCGAGUAAAAGCUAGCAACAAUUGUGAGAUGCUCAUUUGCCGAGAACCGGCAGGAUAGGUGAUUGUUUAUUCGAUUUUUUGGAAUUCGGUUUCUACAAAACUUACUCCACCUCAUCAUAUUACCAGAAACAAUAUUGUUUCACAAGGUAAUAUGUACUUGAUUUUGGUUCAUAAGACUGAUUUUUGAUUCGUUGCAAUAUUCAUGUCUCUUCCCUGCUAAAAUUCACUAUUUUUAUCACGUAUUUUCAAAAAAAAAAAAUAAUAAUAAUAUUGUUACACC